AUGGGACAAGAUUAUUCAUACAGCCAGCCUUCCUCAUCAUCAGACUCGAUUGACAUUACUUCCCUUCUUCAUGCAGAAGCUGAGUUGUAUGCGGAUGAAGGUCAGAGUAGCUACAAUAAUCCAGAACCGGUUCAGUACCCACCUCAACAAGAGGCAGAUGAUGGAAUCCCGACGAUAUGCUAUUGUGGUGGUGAGCCUGUUGUUGCAACAUCCUCCACUCAUAAAGAUCCCAGCAGGAGGUACUUCACGUGCGAGAAUGUGGAUGAUGGAGACUGUAACAUAUGGAAAUGGUGGGAUGUCGCGGUCAUGGAGGAGAUGAGCGACUUGCAUAGACAACUUAGGCUGCUUAAGGAUCAAGGCAAUGCGAGUGAGCAGAAGCUGAUGCUGCUAGAGAAGAGUGUGUUUGAGUUAUCAAACCAGAAAUCAGGAGUUAAGCUAGUGAGAGUGAGCAGUAGCCGGAUUAGCUUCAAACGAGAGUGUCUCAAAGAAACAAUGUCAUUACUAACAAGUCAAUCUCCAAUUGAAAUUGAUUCACCCGAACUUGUUGUCGAGUCGGGUUCGAAAGAGAGGAGGAAAUGGUCACUAAAAGAGGAUCAAAUCCUCAUUGGGGCUUGGCUUAACACAAGUAAAGAUUCUGUGGUCAGCAAUGAGCAAAAAGCUGGUGUUUUUUGGAAGAGGAUUGUACAAUACUACAACGCAAGCCCUUAUCUGGCUGGGACUAUACCUAGAGACCUUGGGCAGUGCAAGCAGAGGUGGGCUAGGAUAAAUGAGCAAGUCUGCAAGUUUGUUGGGUGCUAUGACGCGGCUCUUAGGGCACAGAGAAGUGGUCAAAACGAUGAUGAUGUGAUGAGAGCUGCCCAAGAGUACUUCUUCAACGAUCACUCCGUCAAGUUCAGCAUGGAACACGCCUGGAGGGAGCUGAGGCAUGACCAGAAAUGGUGCUCCACCUAUGUGACUAAGGACGGUGGGAGUCAAAAGCGCAAACCAGUCCAGGCGGAGGUUGAUAGACAAGCGGAAGUGGGAGAACCAGAGGAAAGACCAGUCGGGGUCAAGGCAGCUAAAGGUGUUACCAAGAAGAAGAAGAGUGGUAGAGAAGAAGAGUUGUCACAGUUAUAG